UCCGUCAUCACACCUCACAACCCACUACAACAACUUCACUCUACUGCUCGAUUCAAUUUCCAUCAAUCGUUUAAUUCCGAUCCCACUCUAAUUCAAAAUGCUUUCCCAAGUCUUCACUGUUCUUGCCCUCGGCGCUGCUACCCUCGUUGCAGGAGCCCCUAUGGAGGCCAGGACAGCCGAUGAGCAAGUCACCGUCUCGAACACCCAGUUUGCGCGCAAGGAUAGCAAUGGCAACGACAACUGGGAUACUAUUCUCGGUGUUAGCUUCGACCUGGCCACGCCAUCCGGUUCUGUCCGCUGCGCAGCAUCCGACGUAGAGGUUCCAUCUAUCAAAUACGUAUGCUCCGAUCUGGCAUACUCUUUCGAAAUCUCCGGUCGUCCUGGUUAUGACCAAUACACCUUCACCAUCUACCACAACUCAGAUGUCACCUUGUCCGGAGAAACCAAAGUGGGUUGCAACGGCCCUAUCCCGAGCAGCUGCUUCCAGGUUCGCACCAGCCCAGCUACUCUAACUCCAAUCACUGCUGCUUGAUUUUGAAGCACAGGGGGAUCUUUGCGAGGUUGGAGGAUUCAUAUUUAAUAGCAGGUUCUCUUUCGUUAUAACGGAGAUGUUCCCAAAUGACCAGCCUUGAAGAUAUUAGGACUGCAUUAGUUUUUAGUAGUACCCUGCUUUACAAGUUUAGAAUAAUCUAAAUCUCGCGAUUAAAUAAAGUGCUGCAGACUCUUUAUUCU